AAUUAAAACCAAUGGAAAAUGUCUGCAUUUCAGUAUCUUGGUAAUAUAAACAUUUCAGUCUGAGUAGUUCUGUGAUCACUGAUACUGUUUUGUGAAACCCAGAUGCUUCCAGCCUUGUGCUCUGCUGUUCAUGUCUUUAUAUAAAAAUCUCAAAUAUCUAAAACAUUUGGUUUUACUGUUUCUACUGGUGACACUUAGCACCAUUUACACUGUUUGAAAACAUAUUUCUGGAAGAAAAUGCAUUUAGAUUUUUGCCUUUUCAGUGACAGAACAGUUUUGCAGUGAAAAAAGGAAAGAUUGAGGAAAUAAACUCUACAGCUAUUAAUGGUAAUCCGGCUGGGGGCCACCCCUGUCAGCCUGGGCUUGCUCUCUGUCCAGGUUUAUGCUGCUUCUUCAGAGAAGACUUCCAAAAAGGAGUUGCUGAAAAUUGAGGAGCUGUCACUGUACUCCUCCCCAGCUCGUGAGACUAAAUAUGUGGAGAAUCCCAAAACGGAAUUGGAAGAGGGGGUUUCCCGUUUGCGGCAUGUUAUGGAGCCAUACACAGCCUGGUGUCAGGAUCUUUAUACGAAAGCUAUGCCCAAGUUAGAAAAAGCUGUUGAGCAUGGUAGAGAGGGCUAUGAAUUUCUCCAAAAACCGCCUGCUGGAUUUUAUCCAAGGCUUGGUGUGAUAAGUUUUGCUGGAAUCAUUGGAUUGUUCCUUGCUAGAGGCUCAAAAAUAAAGAAGUUGGUGUAUCCUGCAGCUCUCAUGGGUAUGGGUACCUCCAUGUAUUACCCUCAGCAAGCGGUGGCUAUUGCAAAGGUUGCUGGCACACAGCUGUAUGACUGGAGUCUUCAAGGAUAUAUUGCUGUAGAAGCUCUUUGGAAGGAUACUCCUAAGAAGAAGAAAUCAGGGGAAAAAGGUGAUAAGGGUGAUGCAGUGGGUGACAAGCCCCUGGAAGUCCAUGCUGCUUCAAAUAAAGAGGAGACCCAGAAGUAGAAUGCUACAUCACCUGGCAUCAAACAGGUGAACAAAAAUAUAGAUAUGAGCAACAAUUUCCCAAGAAAAAUAUGAAAACCAUCUGAAUCCAUUUUGAAUGUGACUAAUCUGCCUUCUGCCUCAGGACAGUCUGAUGAUCUGCUGCCCGGGCUGCUGGUAUGGCUGCUGUGAAAGGACACACUACGUGUUUGGGUCAGUCCUGAGACUGUCCUCUGUUCUGCAGUGGCACUCAAGGCUGCCCAUGCUUGUCCCACUGCAGGAUCAACAUUGCAAAUAGCAAGUCUCAAAAUCCCUCAGUCUCUUUAUUAUUUAUAUAUAAAAUAAAAUUCCAGUUACAGAAAAUGGUCCAUUUUUUCCCCUCCUCCCGUCGUCUUUAAAGUCACGGAUGUGAUGGUUGCACAAUCUGAGAGGUUCUCUAGGUGCUGUUGACAGUGCCUGUGUUUUUUACCAGCGAGGAAAGCUGAAAGUGGUAGGAUGUUUUGGCUAACAUGAGCUCACAGAAUUGGGAAUGGGAACAAUUACAAUGACUCUUGUGUUUUGUCUGAGUCCCCCCCCCUCCUUUCUAUACACGUCCUCUGCCUCAUCAGUGCCAGCAGGAGGUGUGUAAUGAAGCAUCUGUGAGUUCCUGUCUGGUGGAUGGAUGGGAAUGGAGCUGUUAAUGCUUGUUCUUGUUUUUGCCUGAAUGAGCAGCACAAUGGGAACCAGAAUGUUACCGUGGUGGGAACCAGCUAUAGAAUAACUUGGCUGUUUCCUUAUUCCCAGCCAGGGGAGGGGAGGAAAAAGUGAUGUGGAGGGAAAUACAAAAGGAUUUCCAGCAUUUUGAAACCUUUGCACAAUAAAACCCUUUCAUCAUUUGCUGUCAUUUCCAUGAGUCUCUCUUUUGGGGCUUGAUGCAUUACAAGUUACUGUAAUCCAAGUAGCUCAGAGCAUUUAAAGCUGUGUUGGUGAGCCUUAAAUGCUCCUUAAUUAAUCACUGAAUAUGAGGAAUGGGGGAAGGAUAACAUGAAAUACAUUUUUGUGUGAUACAUUAACUUUCUAAAGAGAGCAGGGAAGAAAAUGCAAAGUAAAUCAGAUUCAAAAUGCUUCUAAACAUCUUUGUUAUUCCAUAGUUAGGUAUUCCUGUUAUUGCAUGGUUAGGUAUUCCAGCUGAGCAUAUUCCACAGACUUCUGGAGAAAAACAAACAGACCUUGUCAGUGUGAAUGCCAGUCUGUGUGGGCAUUAUAAAACAGGCCAACUCUUUUUUAGUACAGGCAAUAAGGCAUGUGGUUGCCUUAGGCAGAAAAACAGUAUCUCCCAACAUGUUCAGUGCAUGUUUUUAUGAUUGUUUUAGGCUGGUAAAAUGUAUGUUUAUAUAGGGAGCAGAGUUCUUGCAUGGCGUUUGGGAGGUGUGUGUGUGUGGUUUUGUUUUUACUUGAAACUUGCCAAGAUAGUUUAAACAGGCUUGGGAGGAUCAAAGUAGUGUUUUUAUCAGUAGUGGAAAGGAAACUUGGGAAAUAGAGCAGUAAAUGCUCUGUUUCACUACUCCUGUGGUACAAGCAUAGAUUUGUUUCUGCCCUUAAGAUAGUGCUUCACUUACACAUUCUCAUAUCACAUAGAGAAUAUCUACCAUAGAAUUGGGAAUACAGCUUUAGGUGCCUGUUUUUUUUCAGUUUAAUAUUAUUUCAAUAUUUGGCAUAUGCCACACUGGCAUUUAAGGACAUGAUUACUUGGUAAUUUAGUUCUUUGUUUACAUAUACACAUGUGCAUGUUUAAUAGCCUGUGUUAAAUAAAUAUCACUUAAAUGCUUUUCACUUGAUCAGGUCUUAAUUCAGCAUAUUUACACUGCUGCUUAAAAAUGUCCCAAGUGAUUGACAUCAAAGAGGAAUGCUUUUAUCUAGCAGGAAAUGACUGCCUUCAAGCACCUGCAUACACACAUGACAAGGAGAUGGUUCCAAAAUGUGAGCAAGACAGCCUUAGCUGGAAUCCUUUCCUUAUGUCUUCUGGGUUUUAUAAGACAGGAAAUAAAAAAUUGUCAUGCUGGUAAGAGCCCAAGAGUUUGUAAACAUUCAACUCUCUUGGCCCAGACGCUCCUAAUGAGGAGCAGGAGAGGAGCUGACCACUGCUGGUGUCUAUACAUAUCUGUAUGUAUGUGUGUGUGUGUGUGUGUGUGUGUGUGUGUGUGCACACAUGGAACUAAAUUAUGCAUGCAUGUGUUAUCUUCUGCCAGACUUUGCCUGCGGGUAUUACAAUGUAGGCUAAAAAUGGUAUAUUCCCCACCCAAGUGUCAUGUUGGGUCAUCCUUCCACUUGAAGCUUUUUGGCUUGGUAACUGGGCUGUGUGCAGCUGAAUCAGUGUUCUCAUCCCAGCAUCCUUGGCUACACUGGCUGCAGGACAUAUUGGGGCCAGGUUGCUCUCUCUUAAAAACACCAUCUUUAAUUGCAGCAUGUGAAGGUUGUAGAACUGGAGGUCAUCAGGGUCAUAGGAUGGCCCUACAUUGGGAUGAGGAUUCCUGUAGGCAGCAUGUCUGGUGUCAAAAGUGAUAGUGAAGCCUCUCUGUUUGCUAGAAGGAGCAUCACCAGCCUGGAAUAAUCUAGUUAGCCCAGGUAAAUGUGCACAGUCUUGCAGCCUUCAAUAAACAGGAUUUUGCCACAAAUGUUCAUUGCAAAACUCUGUAGACUCAGUCCUCUGACUGCAGGAGGCCCCAGACACAGACUUCACAGCAGUCAUAAUGAAAAUGUUUUGGAGCAUUUGUCAUUGCAACUGUCACCUCCAAGGACAGCAGUGAAGACCAAGAUUGAUGUGGAGGCAAUUGCAUUUUACCCUGUGAGAAGACUGUGCCCUGGGAGUUGAAGGGACUUGUUACUGCUGUUUAUUGGCAGAAGAACCUCAGGGUGAGCACAUAUGCUUCUGGACAAAUAGAAACUGCUGCAUUUGGUUCUUUUCCCCUUUUUUGUUUUGUUUUGUUAUUAUUAUUUCUGUACCUUCCUAUGAAUUCUGAGCUACUUCUAAAGCCAGUUUUAUCACAAUAAACUGCUAUUGACAA